AUGCACUCCCUUCGACUUUGGGUGUCCACCGCACUCGCUCUUGCGGCAACUGCGAGAGGUCAAGAAGACAUCACCAACGCCGAACGAGUUGAGGCUGCUCUAGCCGCUCUCACUGUCACCAACCUCGAUGACGUCCGCGGCAACCUUCACUUGCCUACUACCUCGGAUGGGCUGACUGUAACGUGGGAAAGCAACUCGUCGUCCGUCAUCACGAGCAGUGGUGUCGUCAAGAGACAGUCUGAAAACACCCCAGUCGCGCUUACAGCAUCGAUCAACCACGAGGGAGUUUCCCAAACACGCGAGCUCGUUGCCUCAGUGCGCAAAGCCGUGUCACUCGACCCAUUCGAGGGCUAUGCGUUCUCCUACUUUACUGGGAGCUCCCGCGCUGGCGAGAACAUCUUCUUCGCGGCCAGUGAGGGCAACAAUGCGCUGGAGUGGACGGAGCUAAACGGUGGCCAGCCAGCCAUCACCUCGUCUUACGGCACCAAGGGACUACGAGACCCUUUCCUCAUCCGAUCACCCGAGGGUGACACAUUCUACCUCAUCGCCACGGAUCUCUCCAUCGGCUCUGGGACGUCUUGGGGCGACGCGGUACGCAUCGGAAGCCGCUACCUCGAAGUUUGGGAGUCUCAUGACCUCAAGACCUGGUCUGAGCAACGCCAUAUCCUGGUCUCUCCACCCGAGGCUGGAAACACUUGGGCUCCCGAAGCAUACUAUGACGAGGAACUCGGUGCCUACUUGGUCUUCUGGGCUUCGUCUCUUUACGAGGCCAGCGAUGUGAACAGGACAGGAAGCACCUACCACCGCAUGCUGUACGCAACGACCCGUGACUUCGUCACCUUCAGCGAGACGUCAGUGUGGCAGGACGCCGGUAUGUCGAGAAUCGACUCAACCGUCAUCAAGUCCGCGGACACCUACUACCGCUUCACCAAGGACGAGGGCGCCAGCGGCACUGGUUGCAGUGACAUUAUUCAGGAGAGCUCGGAAUCUCUCCGAUCUACGCUGGACUCGUGGACCAUCAUCGACUCAUGCAUCGGCCGAAAAGCCGGCACCAGCGCAGUCGAGGGCCCCACCGCCUUCAAGUCCAACACUAAUGAUGUCCACGGCGAGAAAUUCUACCUCUUCGUUGACGAGUACGGCGGACGCGGCUACAUCCCGCUUGAGACUACUGACAUUGGAAACCCGGACUGGAAGGUUUCGGCAUCCUACAACCUGCCGGCCAGCCCGCGACACGGAACCGUCAUCCCGGUCACCGCCGCCGAGCUUGCCGCUCUGAAGGAGCCUGCACCGGCUCGCAGAGCUGUCAACGCCGACGGCGAGAUCCUCCGCUACGACUUCUCGACGGUCGAUGGCACGCAGCUUCAGGAUGUUUCGGGCAACGGGAAUCACGCUGCGAUCAGCGGUGGUGCUUCGGUUGUUGACGGCGCUCUCGCAUUCGACGGUGUCGACGACUUCGUUCAGCUGCCCAACAACAUCCUCUCUGGCGUGGAGGAUAUUGCAAUUGAGGCCGAGGUUUUCCUUGAUGCUUCCCAGCAAACUCCCUACUUCAUCUACGGCCUUGGUAAUACCGCCGCCUCGGGCAACGGCAACGGAUACUUGUUUGCUACGGGAAGUCCCUACAGAGCGAGCAUCACCACCGGGGACUGGUCCACCGAGAGAACCGCGGCCUCCAGUUCUUCCUUGCCGCAGGGUACCUGGCUACAUUUGGUGUACACAAUCACUGGACGUACCUCUGCGAUCUUCUUGAACGGCUACGAGGUGGCUCGGAACGAGAAUGUGAACAUCGACCCCAGGAACAUCGGCAACGGCGUCACGACUGCCAAUUACAUUGGCAAGUCCGUGUACUCUGGGGACAAGCUUUUCAAGGGCCAGAUCCGCGAGUUUGCCAUCUUCAACAGAUCCAUGACCGCCGCCGAGGUUCUCUCCCGCUCUGGAAAUGUGGGAGCCAUCACCGGAGUGUCUCUCGCCGACUCCUCUGCUCUCAAGGUCCCAGCCAUCAUUGACACCACUGCUAGCACAGUCUUGUUCGCGGUCCAGCCUGGUACCGACCUAACUACCCUUUCGCCGACCUUCACCACCACCGAGGGCGUGAUCUCGUCGCCGGCUUCUGGUACCGCUGUGGAUCUCAGUGCCGCAGUCAAGUACCUCUUGGAGAAGGAUGGCGAGUCUGUGGCAGAAUGGACCGUCAGCGCUGUCGAGAUGGGCAGCCCCAUCUUGCCUGGCCUUUACGCGGACCCCAAUAUCGCCGUCUUCAACGGCGUGUACUACAUUUAUGUGACUUCCGACGGCGUUCCCGGCUGGGGCGGGAAUACGUUCUACUCGUGGAAGUCGACAGAUCUCGUUACCUGGACCCGCGGAGACGAGCCUUUCCUGACUCUCGACGGCGCGAACGGCAACGUCCCCUGGGCCACCGGUAACGCAUGGGCACCCACCAUUGCUGAGCGCCAUGGCAAGUACUACUUCUACUUCAGCGGCCACAACGCGGCACUGAACACCAAGACCAUCGGUGUCGCGGUUGCCGAUGCUCCCGAGGGCCCCUUCACCGCCGAGCCCGAGGCCAUGAUCCUCAACAACGAGGCCAUCACCGCGUCCCAAGCCAUCGACCCUGCAGCUUUCCACGACCCCGUCUCCGGGAAAUACUACAUCUACUGGGGCAACGGUCGCCCUCUCGUGGCAGAACUCAACGAAGACAUGAUCUCGGUCAACUGGGACACGCUCCAGGCCAUGAGUGGUCUGGUGGAUUUCCGGGAGGGGCUCUUCGUCGUGUACCGGGACGGUCUCUACCAUCUCACAUACUCCAUCGACGACACUGGCUCCGAGAACUACCGUGUCGGCUAUGCCACCUCCGCAUCCUUCGCAGGGCCGUGGGCGUACCAUGGCGUCAUCUUGCAAAAAGACCCAACCCAGGGGAUCCUCGGCACGGGUCACAACUCCAUGUUCAACGUCCCCGGCACCGAUGAUUGGUACAUUGUCUACCACCGUUUCGCCAUCCCUGGUGGCGGUGGUUACCGACGCGAGACCGCCAUUGACCGCGUCACCUUUGACCCUGAGACAGGCUUGAUCAACCCUGUCGUUCCUACUCUCACCAGCGUUGGGCCGCAAACUGUUCCUCAUAAGUUCCGCCGCAUGUCCAGAGUGAUGCGUUUGUGA